AGCAUCAACAUGUCGAAUAUUGUACUGGAUAAGGAUACAUUCUUGAGACGAAUAAAGCGUCUCUAUGAUGAAUGGAAGCAACCCACCAUAACACACGAUGAUGCCCUUAAGAAGGUCGAUUGUAUUAUGUCUGUAGUGGGUGUGGAUGAAGACAUUGUUUAUUCCAAAUCUACUGCAUUGCAAACGUGGCUUUUGGGUUAUGAAUUAACCGAUACUAUUUCAAUUUUUGCCGCCGAUGGUGUAUAUUUUCUAACAAGUAAAAAGAAAAUUGAAUUCUUGAAACAAAUUGAAAAUUGCAAAGUUGAUGGAGUACCGGAAAUAAAACUCUUAGUUAGAGAUAGGAAUGAUAAAGACAAAGCCAAUUUUGAAAAACUCAAAGAGAUCAUUAAAUCCUCGAAAGAGGGUAAGAAAUUGGGUGUAUUUAUUAAAGAUGGUUUUCCUGGGGAAUUCUGUGAAUCAUGGAAGGCCACACUCAAAUCAGCUGGUUUUGAAAAUGUAGAUAUUAGUGGGGCCAUAGCUUAUAUUAUGUGUCCCAAAGAUGAACCGGAAAUUAAUAAUAUACGUAAAGCUUCUUUGGUGUCAGUGGAUCUGUUCAGUAAAUAUCUUAAAGAUCAAAUUAUGGAUAUUAUUGAUUCGGAUAAGAAAGUAAAACACUCCAAAUUAUCCGAAGGUGUUGAAUCAGCACUGACCGAUAAAAAAUAUGUUACCGGUGUCGACAGUUCAUUGCUAGAAAUGUGUUAUCCACCCAUUAUUCAAUCUGGUGGUCACUACAGUUUAAAAUUCUCAGCAUUGAGUGAUAAAAAUCAUUUGCAUUUUGGUUCAAUUGUCUGUUCAUUGGGAGCUCGUUAUAAAUCCUAUUGUUCGAAUAUAUCACGUACAUUUUUGGUAAAUCCAACAGAUGAAAUGCAAGAGAAUUAUAAUUUCCUUGUUAAUGUCCAAGAAGAGAUACUCAAGCUAUUGAAACCAGGAGCAAAACUCAAUGAAAUAUACGACCAUGUUUUGGAAUAUGUGAAAAAAGAAAAACCAAAACUAUUAGAUAAUUUCACAAAAACUUUUGGUUUUGCAAUGGGCAUUGAAUUUCGUGAAAACUCCAUUAUCAUUGGUCCUAAAUGCACGGCAGAAGUAAAAAAGAAUAUGGUAUUUAAUGUUAAUGUGGGCAUAUCUGGCCUCACUAAUCCCGAUGCCCAGGAAAAAGAGGGCAAAACGUAUGCACUGUUUAUAGGCGACACAGUUUUGGUGGGCGAUCAAUCACCGGCCAGUAUAAUGACACCUUCAAAGAAAAAAAUUAAAAACAUUGGUAUUUUCAUCAAGGAUGACAGUGAGGAAGAGGAUGCCGAUGAAAAGGAAGAAAUAAAAGAAGACAAGAGCCAGGCCAUGUUGGGUAGAAGUAAACGUAAUACUGUGCUCGACUCAAAACUACGUACCGAAACCAAUACGGAAGAGAAACGUAAACAACAUCAAAAGGAAUUGGCGCAAAUACUCAACGAAAAAGCCAAGGAACGUUUGUCCAAGCAAAACGAUUCCAAAGAGGUGGAAAAGGUACGUAAAAAUACUGCCUCAUAUAAAUCGAUGAGUCAAAUGCCACGUGAACCAGAGGUGCGGGAAUUGAAACUCUAUGUGGAUAAGAAAUAUGAAACAGUUAUCAUGCCGGUCUUUGGUAUACCCGUACCAUUUCAUAUAUCAACAAUUAAAAAUAUUUCACAAUCUGUUGAGGGCGAAUACACAUAUUUACGUAUUAACUUUUUCCAUCCCGGUGCAACAAUGGGUCGUAAUGAAGGUGGACAAUUUCCCAAUCCAGAGGCCACCUUUGUCAAAGAACUCACCUAUCGAAGUACUAAUAUAAAGGAACAUGGUGAAGUUGUGGCACCCUCAUCCAAUUUAAAUAAUGCCUUCCGUCUCAUCAAGGAGGUACAAAAACGCUUCAAAACUCGCGAAGCCGAGGAACGUGAAAAGGAGGAUCUUGUUAAACAGGAUACCCUUAUAUUAUCCCAAAAUAAGGGUAAUCCAAAACUAAAGGAUUUGUACAUACGUCCCAAUAUCGUGACCAAACGUAUGACUGGCAGCUUGGAAGCUCAUACAAAUGGUUUUCGUUAUAUCUCUGUUAGAGGAGAUAAAGUGGAUAUUCUUUACAACAAUAUCAAGAGCGCGUUCUUUCAACCAUGUGAUGGUGAAAUGAUUAUAUUGUUACAUUUCCAUCUCAAACAUGCCAUAAUGUUUGGCAAAAAGAAACAUGUUGAUGUACAGUUCUAUACCGAAGUUGGUGAAAUCACAACGGAUUUGGGUAAACAUCAACACAUGCAUGAUCGCGAUGAUUUGGCUGCUGAGCAGGCUGAACGUGAAUUGAGACAUAAAUUGAAGACGGCAUUUAAAAGUUUCUGCGAAAAAGUGGAAUCAAUGACCAAACAUCAAGUGGAAUUCGAUACACCAUUCCGUGAAUUGGGUUUCCCUGGUUGUCCAUAUCGCAGUACUGUUACCCUACAACCCACCUCAGGCAGUUUGGUCAAUUUAACAGAGUGGCCACCAUUUGUUAUUACCUUGGAUGAUGUUGAAUGUGUACAUUUUGAACGUGUACAAUUUCAUUUGAGGAAUUUCGAUAUGGUUUUCAUUUUUAAAGAUUAUCACAAGAAGGUGGCCAUGGUUAAUGCAGUGCCAAUGAAUCUAUUGGACCAUGUCAAGGAAUGGUUAAACUCUUGUGAUAUCCGUUACACCGAGGGUAUUCAAUCUCUUAAUUGGGCAAAGAUUAUGAAAACCAUUACCGAUGAUCCAGAUGGAUUCUUUGAACAAGGUGGUUGGUCUUUCUUAGAUCCCGAAUCGGGUAGUGAAGAUGAAAAUGAGGAAGCCGAAUCUGAGGAGGAUGAGGCAUAUGAACCCACAGAUUUAGAGUCUGAUGCAGAAUCCGAAGAUGAUUCGGAAUACUCCGAAGCAUCAGAAGAUGACAGUGAUGAGGAUAGUGAAGAACUUGGUUCGGAUGAAGAAUCUGGUAAAGAUUGGUCCGAUUUAGAACGUGAAGCUGCCGAGGAGGAUCGUAAUCGUGACUACGAUGUCGAUGUCGAUAGAAAACAAAAUGGCAAACAUCAUUCUAAACACUCGAAGAGUUCAAAACACAGUCGCCGAGAUCGAGCUGUACAAGAGCAAAACCAUAAAAAACAUCGUAAAUCUCAUUCCUCAACUUCGGCGAAUGCCACAUCGAAAUCUGCAAAACACACAAAUAGCCCCGUGAAAUCAUCCCAUAAGGAUAAACAUCACGAUCGCAGUCGUGAUAAACAUCAUUCCUCGUCCUCGUCGCACAAAGAUAAAGAUCGCGACAAGAAUCGUCAUCAUCACAGCAGCAGUAGUAGUAGUCAUAAACGUUCUCGAGAUGAUAGUCGAGACGGUGGCCACCAUAAAUCUAAGAAAUCGCGUCAUUAAAUAUCACAUUGUCGUUCAUAUUUCUAAUUUAAUAGAACUCCCUUUAAGUUUUCUC